CAUUCCGAAUUUCCGAACAGGUAUGUAGAUCGCUAUUUAACACGACACUCUGCCCUAGUGACGCCUCCUUCUCCCUGACACCGGCAAGCCAUAGUUAGCUACCCGGCUCAUAGUUAACCCCCGAAUCAACCUCCAAGCUUCCUUUCUCUCAAAGUUUCACGAACGAACGGACAAACAGAUGCUGUGGACCAGCUCGAGUUAUAUCUUCUCAUUCCCAUUCUCAACACAAUGAUGCAACGACGGAUCUCUGUCCUCCUCGUGGUAGCCGUGUUCUUCAUCUUCUUCUCCGGCACGUUCCUGUUCGGCGGACGAGCGACACCACCCUCACCACCACCGGUUGUUCACGAUGUGACCGACAGCGUUACAGGAGGCGUGAACCACGAAAGCGAUACAAAAGUCGUGAACCACGAAAGCGAUACAGGAGCUGUGAACCACGACAGCGAAAAGAAACCCACCACACAUACGGAUAGUAAUCUCCACAUUACGAUCACCGAGACCGGCGGCUCCCACGAUGAAGUGAUCGCAGCACUCGUUCACGCCUUCGGCUCACAACCUAGCGCGCUGCUGAAACUAUACCAGCUUCUUCCGCGCUAUGGGAUCACCGGCGUGAUGCGCGGCUUCGCACUGAGCAACCCGCUCCCCGAUCCCAAGUCUCCGGGAGUCUACAGAGAUGUAGACUCCCUCCAGCGGCGGCCAGACGUCUUCGUUGCGGGGACCUGCGAGCUGGACCUCGUCUAUUUCCAGAAGCAACUAGGCGCGUUGCUAGCAGAGCGGAAGACUUACCUCUUCUGCGUAGUGCACCAUGCCGACCGGUGGGCGGCCGAGUCGCGGAAUCUGGAGAACCUCAUCACCCCCUGGGUCGAAGCCGGCCUCGUCGAGUUCUUGACUCUGAGCCCACACACUGCCACCUUCCUCCAAGAACACAGUAUCAGCAAGUGGGCGACCAGGACGCCCGCCAAGAUCCGCUCGUUCGUCCCGGUGUUCCCCGUGCCGCUGCCGGAGGAGCCCACGGGCACCGGCACAGACAAGGAGGAGCUAUCAUUCGCGCUCCAGGGCGACUACGACUCCACGCGCCGCGACUACAACAGCGUGUUCACGAGCCUCAACUCGCUGCUGACGUCCAGCAACUCCGCGCCGGCCGACGACGAAAAGCCCGACCGCAACGUGACCAUGCACCUCCUAGGCCACGGCAAGCAUCCCGACGUCCCCCUCGAGGUCCGCGAGCACGUCAAGUUCGACGAGGGCCUGGAUUACGUUGAGUUCUACUCCAUCAUCUCGCGCACGUUCGCCUUGCUCCCCGCGUUCGCGAACAAUGAGUACCUCGACCGCAAAGCGUCCUCGUCGGUUCCGGCUGCGCUGAUCGGUGGGACCCCGCUGGUUGCCACUCAGGCCAUCGUCGAUGCGUACUCGUACCUCGACCCGGACGUCGUGUGGCUGCAGGGUGCGGAGGAGCUCGACCUCGAUGUUGUAGGGAGGAUUCUGAAUAUGGGCCCCAAGGAGCGGCGGAAGAAGAAGGAGCUGGUGAGACAGAAGUGUGCCGCCAUGAUCCAGCAGAAUACCAAAGCGCUCGGGGUGUGGAUUGGCGACGCUAUGGAGAAGCUCAGAAAUGGUGGCAAGAAAGCGGAUGUGGUCGCAUAGGUUUGAUACCUUUGUUUGCUUUGCUUUGCUUUGUGCCGGGGAACGGUGUACUCGUACUUCUUUUUGGGAUUGUUUUUGCACUCGUUUUGUGCUUGUUUCUUGGGUUACUUAAUACUUGUUAUGCUGGGAUUUUCGGUGUGUACUUUGGAAUUCUUUAUAACUAAUAAAAGAAACAAACGAAUCACACGAUGUCAUUCAUAUUAUACGAGUGCGAACCCAUGCAUCAUCUUCAUCCGGCACAGCUGGUAUGGUACGUCCGCCUGUUGCUCGGACUUGUACGAGUAGGUAGCAUAUCGUGAUAAAGGACCCUUUCUUUCAG